UUUGUAAUCAGUAUGCAAUAAUGUUUUUAUUAUUGCAAGACGCGAUAUCUAUUGCACUUUCGAAUACGUAAGACAGUAUCCACAUAAUAUGAAUAUUAAAUAGGAAUUGGUGUUUUUGCAACGAAAAAAAGACAUCUUUUCUGUAAAAUACCUACGUAUGUGACAGUGUACCCAAGUAAUCUCAAGUGACAUAAUUGGGUGAAAGACAACAAUUUAGAAAGCCAAAAUGUUCCAGGCAGUGCAGAAACAUUUAGUCCUCCUAAUUCCAACUGCAAAUAUUCCAUCAAAUGCCAUUUCGAAAGCCAACCUCAUCUGUAAUCAAAGCAUCUCUAAAACAUCCAACAGCCUAACUACCUUAAAAAUGUGUCUGAAUCACACCCAGCAUUAUCAUUCGAAAUCAUUUUUGCUGCCACCCUCUUUAAUAAAGAGUGGAAUGCCGUACACAAAUAAUAAUGUCCAUGUUCUCAGAGUUUAUAAUCAACUUGUGUCCUCAUGUAGACAACAAGGAAGAGAUAAGAUUGUGAAAAUUCGUUCUGCCUUUACAAGAAAUAUGAACAAGGGAAGUUUGCGACCAAGAAGAGAAACGCUGGGAAAGCUAGUGUUAAUGUCAUCAUUUCUGGCACCAACGAUGUCCUUUAAUAAUGCUCAAGUUGAGAAGAAAAUCCCAGUCAUAGAAAUCACUAGAAAGGCUAAGAAGAAUAGGAGUUACCUCAUUCAGUUAUUUCUGGAGAUCUACGAGGCCUUCCGAUUAUGUCUGAGAGCAUUACGGCUGGUGAUUACAUUUACGCCGAUCUUCGCUCUCUACCCCAUGACUUUCUUUGGAGAGGAGUGUAAAGAUUUGUGGUGGUACUUGCUUUUGCGAGGAAUAGAGUUCUCAGGACCUAUUCUGAUCAAGUUAGGACAGUGGGCCUCAACACGGAGAGACUUGUUCCCAGACGCUUGUUGCCGCCAGUUUGCCAAGCUCCAGAGAAGCGUCAAACCACAUUCAUGGAAGUACACAAAAUAUAUGAUGAGAAAAGCCUUUGGUCCUGACUGGAGGAAGAUCUUUGUAAAGUUUGACAAUAACAGAAACCCAGUGGGGUCUGGGUGUGUUGCUCAGGUUUAUAAGGUUUGGAUGUCAGCAGAAGCCAUCAGUGAUGAAGAAAUACUCACUGAAAUUCUGUCUGAAAUGGAGGAUGAUGUUUCUGAUUCAUUUGAAGGUAUGCAUGUCAUAGGAUUCAGAAGUUUAUUUGGCAUAGAUGAUGGAGAAGAUGUAAAGCAGAAGAGGAUACUAGAGGAAUGGAGGGAGAAGCGAGACCAGAUGAGGAGAGAAAAGGAGGCGCAGAGGAGAGCAGGUAUAGACAAGGAAGAGCAAAACGUAGAUUUGCAUGAAGUAGUUUUGGAAAAGGAGAAAAAGGAAAUGUCAAAAGUAGACCCUGAAAACGGAGAGAAACAUGUGAAGGAUCAUGAAACAGGGAUGAUAAAAGGUAAUAAAGAGUUUGUUGUUGAAGCAAGUGUUGAUGAAAGUGGGAAGGAAUUAGUUGAAAUAAACACAGGAAUUAUAAAGGAGGAUAAGCAGAUGUUAGACAUUUGUGCAAGUGCAGUGGUUAGCAGAAAAGAGCAGUCCAAUAUUGUGUCUGAUAGAGAAUUUGAAAAGACAGCUGAAAAAAUGAAGGAAAUUGCUUCAGAUAACCAGCUUGUAGAAAAGUUUUACAAAGAAGAAAGUAAAGAUACAACAAGUAGUUUUCAGUCAGAGAAUGAUGAUUCAGGCAAAUCUGAUGUAGAUGUGUUAACAGUAACAGAAAAUUUGGUGGCUGAAUUAGUAAAUACUGAAGAAGAUCAACAGAGACAAGCAGAUCUGGAACCUGAUGAGGAACCCAUUGAAGAUAUAACUGAACAUUCAUUAGUAGAGGAGUGGCAGGAAGGUGUGCAUGACAAGUCUCUCCCACUGGAGGAGGGUCCACCAGAAGACCUGGAUGGCCUUGUGCCUGUGGCAGUUAAGGUUCUGCACCCUGGUAUUUACUCAAAUUUCCGGAGAGAUCUGAAGAUUAUGAAGGCCUGUGCUUCAUUUAUCUCAGCAAUUUAUCCUCCACUUAAGUGGCUUUCCCUCCCUCAGUGUGUGCAAGAGUUUGCUGAGGUGAUGUCAUGUCAGAUUGAUCUCAAACUGGAAGCUGAAAAUAUGGAAUUGUUUGCUGAAAAUUUUGCUGAUAAUCCCUAUGUCCGAUUUCCAAGAAUACUACGGCCAUAUGUAACAAGAAAGGUGCUCGUGGAAACAUAUGAAGAGGGAGAGCAGAUGAUUGAUUUCAUUGGCACAACAGGAGAAGACAAACCUGCUGAGCUUAAGAAACGUUUGGCAGAGAUUGGUGUUGAUGCAUUGCUGAAAAUGGUUUUUGUAGACAACUUAGUUCAUGGUGAUUUGCAUCCUGGCAACAUCUUGGUUCAGAACAACAGUGCCAAGGAAGAGGGCAGCAAUGUAGCCUCAGGAGAUGUUGUCAAAUUCAUGAUGGUGGAUGUUGGGUGUGAUACUUUCGUCAUGCAUGUGGAGCCAGACCCAAAUCCACUGCGCAUCUGCCUCCUUGACUGUGGCGUUGCAUCCAGGCUUAAAGAGAAAGACUUAGCCAAUUUCAAGGCUGUCUUCAGACAAGUGGUUUUCGGUGAUGGAGAGUCUGUGGCCGACUUGUUCCUCAAUAAUAGUGAACACUGCUGUAAGGACCCUGAAGCCUUCAAAGCAGAGAUGACAAGCCUUGUAAAUUCAGCUAGGGAAGAUACAAUAGCAUUAUCACAGAUUGAUGUGGGGGUCCUGCUUCAACAAGUUUUGAAGAUCCUCUUACAUCAUCAGGUGCGGCUUGAAUCUGCCUUCAGUGCUGUGGUUUUGGCAGUCUUUGUUCUGGAAGGUCUUGGUCGAACAUUAGAUCCCAAUAUGGAUAUCUUAGAGAGAGCAAGACCAAUCUUGGUUACUGGAAAAGUGAAAUGAUUAGGAUAGUUAUGAUUCAUGAGGACUAGCUUACUGAAAAUGCUAUUUAGAUGCAUUAAUUUCUGGUAUUUCUCAGUUACAGUAAUACAAGGAUUGUUUUAUGGUAUUAUGUUUGUGGGUUGACUCCUUUUGGCACAAAGCCUUAAGUUCCAGUGGUGCAGCAUUUGCCUUAUUACCAUGACAGGUAUAUAGAUGUUUCCAUUCUUACUUGAGAUUCCUGAAUUUCCUCAUUAUCUGCCAGAUAACAUUACUCGUACUAUAGCAUUUUUCCAACAAUAUUUUUUUCUGUGUUGAAAAACAAAUAGAUUGUACUGGUAAAAACAAAUGAUUAAAGAAAAGUCAGUGAAAUAUUUAUACCAUUUAUGAAAUGGCCUCUAUUGUUAAAGUGGCAAAAUGUUGAUAGUGUAAGAUAGAGCUACGUUACUGUUUACAGAGCUCAACAAGCGUCCAUGUGCAUGACUGUGUUAAUGUUUUUAUAACCUAUUUCCAAAAUAGUUCCUUGCUAUGGUUAAAUCUUGGGUGUAUAAGACUUCAUAUUGUUGAAUGGCAUAUAGACUAUCAAGGUUGUAGUAUUGUAGAUAUUAUUGUGGAUAAUAUACUGUGCUGGUAUAUCAGGAAUGAAUUCUUAAUUUCUAUCAAGUCAGAUAAUGCCUUGUUGCAAAGAUUUUAUUGAUACAAAAUUAGAUGUCUAGAUGGGAUAAUGAAAUAUUUUGUAAAUCGAUGUUUAUGUUAAUUUCAUUAAAAACAGAAACUCACAAGAUAUAUCAUCUAUGAUUACUGAAAGAAUCAAACAGAAAUUUAUGUAAAUUAGAACUGAAUGUUUUUUUUUUUUCUUUUUGUUUUAAAAAAAACAAUAAAUAUAUAUGAAAUAAUAGCAUAAACUAAUAAUGAUUAGUUAUAUCAAAAUUCUGCAUUUGCAUAAAAGUUGGUGUUAGUAUUAUAGCUGUAUGUAACUUUCUUCAGCAACAAGCAUAUGGCUGUGACAUUUUUAUUUUUUGCCUUUUAUAUUUAGCAUCAUUUAUGGCAUGCGGUGUUCAGGGAGUAAUGUGUUUCUUUUUCUAGUCAUCCAGAUCAUAAUGAAGUCAUUUUAAAUGCUGAUGUUCUUCAUUUAUAGCUUUCAUUUUUUUUUUUUUUUUCUUUUUCUUUUCUUCUUCCUUUUCUUCUCUCCCUUUCUUCUUCUUCUUCUUUCUUUUUCUUGUUCUUAGGGGAAGGUUCUGGGAAUAAGGUCUGUAUUCUAUUCAGGCAAUUUACUGCAGUUUGUAUCUUUUCCUCCUUCCAGAUAUUAUGGUAUAUUCCUGUUUAAGAAGAAAUUUUUAGUUAGAGUAAACUGCAUUGCCAUAAUAAUCUAUAUGUGGUACUUAGACAUAAUGUAGAUUAUGUUAGGGCAUUUGCAUGGACAACUUUAGCAGUAUGAACCCGAGGGGUAAAAUGAAUAAGAAUGUAACUUAUUCCUUGCUAUGUAAAAGGUGCAAUAUAUCUCUUAAGUGUAUUGUUCAAGGAUAGGUUUACGUUCAUGUUAACAUUGAACUACCAGAGCAUUUCAGUGCUUGAGCAGCAUUUCUUAGGGAAAAGGAAAAAUCUCAAAUGUAUGAUAAUUCACAUAAUAGUGGACAUGCACAAUGUGAAAUUUCAGAAGUAGAAGAGUCCCAUCAUGUUACUUCAUUACAUUUUGUUUGAAUACAAUGUUUUUAAAGUUGGUAUUUUAUUUUGUUAUGUUUCAGGAUGAAUAAACUUGAUAAGCCUUGC